AUGCAUUUGCCGAGCAGAACGAGCUCUGUGUGGAUUUAUCUCUUGUUCCUGCUGCUGGAUUGUUACGUGGAAACGGUGUCUGGGCAGCUCUCUUACUCCGUCUCAGAGGAGGUAAAUCUGGGGACUGUUGUCGGAAAUAUCGCUAAAGAUUUGAGCAUCAAUGUUCAGGACUUGGAGUCCCGCAUGUUUCAGAUCGUUGCUGGAUCAAAGAGGAAAUAUCUCGAGGUAAAUCUAAAGACUGGUGUCCUGUAUGUUAAUGAGAGAAUAGACCGAGAGGAGCUCUGCGGUAAUGAACCGACAUGUUCCCUCAGUGUAGAAGCAGUCAUUAAUAAUCCUUUAAAACUCUACCGGAUUGAAAUUAUCAUUUUAGAUGUUAACGAUAAUUCCCCGUCGUUUCUAAGCACGUCACAGGUGAUCAACAUAACAGAAAAUACAGCAGCAGGGGCUACAUUUCCUCUACAUACGGCUGACGAUGCAGACGUCGGUAAAAAUACAGUAAAUAGCUACAAGCUGAGCCAAAAUGAACACUUCUCUCUCUUAACACAUAAAGGGGAGAGUUUAUCUCCUGAAUUACUGCUUCAGAAAGUUUUAGACAGAGAAACACAGCCUGUGAUUCGACUCACACUGACUGCCAUCGAUGGAGGAACUCCUGCUAAAACAGGCACUAUGGUGAUUAUAGUUAAUGUCUUGGACAUUAAUGAUAACCCUCCUGUAUUCAGUCAAACACUGUAUAAAGCCAGUGUGUAUGAGAAUGUAAAGAUAGGCACGACGAUAAUAACGCUGAAUGCUACUGAUUUGGAUGCAGGCCAAAAUGGACAAGUGUUAUAUUCAUUCAGUAAAGUAGGGAGAGGGAAACAAACUGAUAUGUUUGAUAUAAAUGAAAAAACUGGGACUGUAACAAAUAAAAAGAAUAUCGACUUUGAGGAAAAUAAUGCUUUUGAAAUUCGAGUACAAGCUAGUGAUGGAGCCUCUUCGCCUCUCACCUCAAAUGCCAAAUUAUUGAUUGAAGUUAUAGAUGUCAAUGACAACGCCCCUGAAAUUUCAGUAACAUCAUUGUUAAACACCGUGAAGGAGGAUGCGUCCAUUGGUACCGCUAUUGCACUUGUUUCAGUAUUUGAUAAAGACGGUGGUAAAAAUGGGAUGGUUAACUGUAAAAUUGCCAAUAAUGUCCCUUUUAAAUUAGAAUCAAAUUAUAAGAAUUACUAUUCGUUAGUUGUGGACGGUGUUCUUGACAGAGAGAGCACAACUCAAUACAAUAUCAGCAUCACUGCUACUGAUGAGGGCAGCCCACCUCUUUCUAGCACGAGCGUUAUUAACGUACACGUCUCAGAUGUAAAUGAUAACAGACCUCUAUUUACAGAAAACAUAAUCAAUGUCUAUGUGAAAGAAAACAGUCCAGUAGGAGCAGUUAUGAAAACAGUUUCAGCAAUUGACGCUGACAUCGAUCAAAAUGGUCAGGUGAGCUAUUCAUUCUUAAAAAGUAACAGUAACUUAUUACCACUCUCGACGAUGGUGAACAUCAACUCAGAGACUGGAGACAUAGUCAGCCUGCAGUCUUUUAACUACGAGGAGUUGAAAACGUUUCAGUUUAAAGUUCAGGCCACAGACUCUGGUGUUCCUCCGCUCAGCAGCAACGUGACUGUGAACGUUUUAAUCCUGGAUGAGAAUGACAACAGUCCCACGAUUCUCGCGCCCUAUUCUGAGCACGGCUCCGUUAACAGUGAGACCAUCCCCUAUUCUGCUGAAGCGGGAUACUUUGUGGCAAAGAUCAGGGCUGUAGACGCAGACUCUGGAUACAAUGCGCUGCUUUCCUAUCACCUCUCUGAGCCCAAAGGAAACAACCUCUUCCGGAUCGGAACCAGCACCGGAGAGAUCAGGACUAAGAGGAGAAUGAGUGACAAUGACCUGAAAACUCACCCCUUGGUGGUGUUGGUUUCUGAUAACGGAGAACCCUCCCUGUCAGCUACUGUGUCUAUUGAAGUGGUGGUGGUUGAAAGCACAGCUGACAUCCAGACUCAGUUCAGACAUGUGCCCAUAAAGGAGGACAGCUUCUCUGAUUUAAACCUGUAUCUGCUGAUCUCCAUUGUGUCGGUGUCGGUGAUCUUUCUGCUGACCCUCAUCAGUUUAAUAGCUGUCAAAUGCCACAGGACAGACGGCAGUUUCAGCAGGUACAGCGCCCCAAUGAUCACCACCCACCCUGACGGGAGCUGGUCUUACUCUAAGGCUACUCAGCAGUAUGACGUGUGCUUCAGCUCAGACACACUGAAGAGUGACGUAGUGGUUUUCCCCGCACAGUUUCCACCUGUAGAUGGUGAGCUGAUCAGUAUUAACGGAGGAGACACUUUUACCAGAACUCAGACGUUACCUACUAAAGACAAGAAUAUCGCCCAUGUUUCUCUGGAUGCUUAUUCUCCAUGA